AAAAGACGCGCGUACUGUAACAAGUGUGGGCUCAUCCUCUAUACAACGACCUCAACGCCUCAUCAACUAUGGCUGGCCGUGGAUUACCGAUGCAACCAACGGUUGUGGUAUUGCGAGAAGGCACAGACAGUUCGCAAGGAACGCCGCAGCUCUUGUCGAACAUCUCUGCAUGCCUUGCAAUCUCCGAUACGCUUGCAACAACACUCGGCCCGAGAGGCAUGGAUAAGCUCAUCGUGAACGACCGCGGCGAGGCGAGCAUCACGAAUGACGGUGCAACCAUCGUCAAGCUGUUGGACAUCAUACAUCCAGCAGCAAAGACACUCGUCGACAUCGCGCGCGCACAAGAUGCGGAAGUUGGUGAUGGGACCACUAGUGUGGUUCUUCUUGCCGGUGCAAUGCUGAAGGAGGUUCGGGGCUUUAUAGAAGAAGGUGUGGCUCCUGGCAUCAUCGCCAAAGGAGUGAGGAAAGCCGCGGAUAUGGCACUGAAACGAAUAAAAGAGGUGCAAGUAGUCAUUGACAAGUCGGAUACUGAAAAAUUCCGCUCUCUCCUACUCAAGUGUGCUUCGACGUCGAUGUCAUCCAAACUCAUACAUUCGCACAAGCCUUUCUUCUCUGAGAUGGUCGUGUCAGCCGUCCUCUCCCUCGAUCCCAAACUCUCCUAUGACACGUCUCUCAUCGGUGUGAAGAAAGUUCCUGGUGGGGCUAUGGAAGAUUCCCUGCUCAUCAAAGGCGUUGCAUUUAAGAAAACAUUCACGUAUGCCGGUGCCGAACAGCAGCCGAAAUCGUUCAAGAACCCCAAAAUUCUCUGCCUCAACGUCGAGUUAGAAUUGAAAGCGGAGAAGGACAACGCCGAGAUUCGUAUCGAAGAAGUGCAGGAAUACCAGGCGAUCGUCGAUGCAGAGUGGGAGAUCAUCUACCGCAAGCUGGCUGCUAUCGAGAAGACUGGCGCUCAAGUUGUACUGUCCAAGCUCCCCAUCGGUGACCUCGCCACCCAGUGGUUCGCGGACAGGAACAUCUUCUGCGCUGGCCGUGUAGCGCAGGGCGAUCUGCGGCGUGUUGUCGAAGCUGUUGGUGGCAGCGUACAAAGUACGACAAGCGAUAUCCUCCCCGAGCAUCUUGGCACAUGCGCGUCCUUCGAGGAACGUCAGAUCGGCAACGAGCGAUACAACUUCUUCGAGGGUUGCCCCAAAGCGAAGACCUGCACGAUUGUAUUGCGUGGUGGAGCUGACCAGUUCAUCGAGGAAGUCGAGCGGAGCUUAAACGACGCGAUCCAGGUGGUUCGGAGGGCAGUAAAAAGCGGCGAAAUUGUUGCUGGUGGCGGAGCAAUGGAGAUGGAUCUCAGCGCAUACAUCCGGAAGGAGGCGCUCAAAGUCGCCGGAAAGCAACAACUGAUCCUCACUGCUGUGGCCCGCGCUCUCGAGGCCAUCCCGCGCCAGAUCGCUUCCAAUGCCGGCCUCGACGCUACGGACGUGAUGAACAAACUUCGUCAACGGCACGCGAGGGGCGAACUCUGGGCUGGAGUGGACGUAGACAGCGACGAAGGCGUGAGGGAUAACUUGGAGGCCUUUGUCUGGGAGCCGAGUUUGGUCAAGACGAACGUUGUGAGCGGGGCGGCCGAGGCAUGCUGCCUUAUCCUCAGUGUGGACGAGACCAUCCGUAACCCGCAGAGCGAACAAUCGAACCCUGGGCCCGCUGCCCCGCCAGGCACCGCGCAGCGCGCGUUGAGGGGACGCGGGCGUGGGAUGCCCAGACGUUGAUGAGAUUAGCUUAGGAUAUGCAGAUUGCAAUUUAAU